AUGGACAUCCCUGGUCCUGUUCUCAGCUACAGAGUACGGCAUUGCUGGAGCAGUCAGAGCUCAGACUCAGAGUUCUACAGCCUGUCCUCACCAGAGACCCUGUCUCCAGCCUACUCUAUGGACUUCAGCCUCUCCCCAUCUCCCCAGCCCUUGAUGCAUGGGAAAGAGUCCUGGAUGACAUUCCCAGAGACGAUUUGCGCCUCCGUCUCCCCUUCCUCAGGUGAGGAGGGCGCCCCCCAGAGCAGAAAGGUGAGGGGGAGACGGUCACAGAACCCCAGCAAGCAGAGACAGAGAGCCAGUGAGAAGGAGAAGCUGAGGAUGAGGGACCUGACCAAGGCCCUGCACCGCCUCAGGACCCACCUCCCGCCCUCCCUGGCCCCUGCUGGCCAAACCCUCACCAAAAUCGAGACCCUGCGCCUCACCAUUCGCUACAUCGCCCACCUGUCCGCCCAGCUGCAGCUCGCUGAGGAGGCCCUGUGCCGAAGAAAGGAGACGCAUGCCUAUUUAGACCAAACCCACCAUCCAGCAGCGCUCUGCGGGCAUGGCUCUGUGCCAGGGAUUUGGGGGCACAGGCAGGGAGAGAUACAGCCAGCUGGUGGCUGCCAGAGCACUCCGGCAUCCACGUACCCCGUGCAGGACCCUGGGGUGGACCACAGCCAUUUCAGCACCGCCCUGGGAGGGAGCUUUGAAGUCCUGCCGGAGGUGACACAUCACACCUUCAUGGGCAGGAUAAAGAGGGACAAGCAGCACAGACCUCAGUGCCCAGCACAGCCCCACAGCACACAGAACCCUGCACCUGACGACUCCCUGCAGCCAUGA